GAUCUAGGUGCGUUUCUGGGGGUGUGGGAGGAGAUUGCUGGGAGGAGCCGUCUCAGGUGUGGGUAGAGAAAUGACUCUGAGUAAUGACAGUUUGCUUCCUGGUUGUCGGAAAAAAAUAUGGAAUGUAAAACUUAUCAUGUCGCCCCCAAGCCACCGCUUCCGCGACAUUGAGAGGACAGCUGAGUACCUCCAGCCAGAGAAGUGCGCCCCGCCGCCCGUGGAUAACUCCAUGGAUAAAGUGUGGUUUAUCAAGGAUGGCUGCGGCAUUGCAUGUGCCGUGGUGACCUGGUUCCUGGUUUUCUAUGCUGAAUUUGUUGUAAUUUUUGUUAUGCUGCUACCAUCCAAGGACAUUAUUUAUAGCACAAUUAAUGGGAUCAUCUUUAACAUUUUGGCUUUUAUGGCACUGGCAUCACAUAUGCGGGCUAUGAUUACAGAUCCUGGUACUGUUCCAAAAGGAAAUGCCACAAAGGAAUUCAUUGAAAGCCUGCAGCUGAAACCGGGGCAGGUGGUUUACAAGUGUCCGAAAUGUUGUAGCAUCAAGCCGGACAGGGCUCACCACUGCAGUGUAUGCAAGAGAUGCAUUAGAAAAAUGGAUCACCAUUGUCCUUGGGUCAACAAUUGUGUGGGAGAAAGCAACCAGAAAUUUUUUGUCUUGUUUACUAUGUAUAUAUCUCUGAUCUCCUUGCACGCCCUAAUUAUGGUAGGGUUUCAUUUCCUCUAUUGCUUCGAAGAAGACUGGACAAAGUGCAGCUCGUUUUCACCACCAACCACAGUCAUCCUACUUAUUUUACUUUGUUUUGAGGGACUACUCUUCCUCAUAUUCACUGCUGUUAUGUUUGGGACACAGGUACAUUCCAUAUGUACUGAUGAAACGGGAAUAGAACAGUUGAAAAAGGAAGAGAGAAGAUGGGCUAAAAAAACAAAAUGGAUGAAUCUGAAAGCAGUAUUUGGCCAUCCGUUCUCUAUAGCAUGGCUUAACCCCCUCGCCACUCCAGACCAGGGAAAAGCAGACCCUUAUCAAUAUGUGGUCUGAAGAUUUCUGUGCCAGUUUUACCACACAGAAAAAACAAACACCACAGUACUACCAUUUACCAGCUUAACACUGAAUGUUUCAUACAAAUACAACAUAUUAUUUUUGUAUUGGCUGAAAGUUCCUGCUGGGAAGAAGCCUCCAACGUACAGCAGUUGCUUGCUCCUGACUUCUGGAACCACUUGGUCUUUUCUUUCCAUCUCUUCUUUCCUCACCAUAACAAAAUGGAUGCCUUCCCUUUUGAUUCUUCACUGCUUCGUCUCUUCUAACCAACUGGCUUUUUGACUUCAACUGCCAUCAUUUGCCAUAGCGGACUGUGCCAAUUAAUCACUAACGUCUAGGACACACGUUCUUUUGAGCAAAACUUGAAUUUGGUAGCAUUUGAAAUCUCUAGUAAUAGUGGAAAGAGAGAGACCUCUUCUGGCUUGAACCUCAGAUGUUUUGGUUUGCAGUAGUAUUAUGAGGUUUGAAGGGUCAAAGUAGCAUCUCUUUAUAGCUUGUAAAAUAUACAUCAAAUCAUUAUUUUACAGGUUCUUGUAAGAUGACUGUAAACUGUUGCACAGAGGAAAUGUAUAGAGCUUAUUCUUCAGUCAGAUUGUUAGACCUGACUACACAAAUCAAUUCUUGCAAAAUAAUCAUCUCUGGUAUCCUGUUGUCAGAGCUAGGGAAGAAAAGGUUGGUUGCUCUUUAGCCACCAAAUUCUUCCUUUUGUUUUGGCAAAUGUGAUUGGUUGCUGUAGGACAUGUGUGGCAUGUAUUUUACUGCAACACAUUCAAUGGGCAUGGUGAUUUUGUAACCUUGGACCCACCCCCUAAUGGUCGUUGUCCAAGCUCAUGACUAGGACAAUUGUGGAGUAACAGUGGACCUUAUAACUGCAAUUGUGGCAUACAUAUCUUCCUAGUUAAAUCUCUGUCCUCCUAGACUAAGUGCAGGGGGAGACCGCAACACAAUUCUAGGAUAGAAGUUAUGUGUCUUAGUGGCAGUCCAAUUUUAUAUUAUAAUUGUCCAAACAUUCUUUAAAAAUGUAUGCAUAGAGUAUGGCCAGCCCUUCGAGUGCUCAUUUUAGCCGACCCAAAUUAUCAUGGUGAACCUAAUCAGAGAAAAUGCCUAUUAUUUAAAGCGAAUGAGAUUAAAGUUUGUAAAUGUGAAGGUAAUGUAGUGUUUUGAAAUCGCAACAUUAUCUUUAUGAAGGCAGGCCUUAGUUCAUUACACAAAUAAAAUCAUAUACACCUUUUACUGGAAAAAAAAAAAGCAUGACAUUCUGGAAGGGUCUCCCUUUUUACGAGGCCUUCAUGGUGAGACUUUUCACCCCUACAUUUUUAUUGAUAUUGACUUCAAUUUGGCAGGUUUACAGCUAUAUUUCUUCUGUAUUAGACUGUAUUAUGUGGUUUGGGAGAAUUGCACAUAUGUGCAACCAGUGCACUUGAAUGGUAUUAUUCUUACUUUUUAGGGAUUUUUUGAGCAUCUGUUGUGUCUUACCUUCAUACAUUUAAAAUCUAGAUAUGGUGGCAUCUAUGGAUGGCUUUAUACCCAGGUAUUGUUAAAUGUGUACCAUUUUUAUUUUAUUUUUUUAUGUUUUUCUACAUGUAGGGUAAACUCGCUGCCAUCGGCACAAAAAAAAACUUUUUAGCUAAUUUCUAGAUUAUUGCCAUAAGCACUAACAAGCACUGUGGCUAAAUUCUACAUAAUAAACUAUAGCAGUCAGACUUUAGCCAGUGGAAUUUUGUUGUGGUUGUAACUCUUCCUCUUUGCUUCAGCUUUAAACAGAAGACCACCAACAACUUUCCCUUCCAAAGAGGGAAAAUCUACAUUGAUGCCCUCUAAGGCAGUGUGUAUAAAAUGUGCUGGACGCUAACAAACAGAUUGUAGUACAAAUUCAAAAGGAUAAUUUUUAGCUUUAAAAUCCGUUCUUUGAGGUAUUUACUGUAUAACCAAGUAUACUGUAUAAUAGAGCAAGAAUGUGCAACCUCUGGCACUCCAUAUGUUAUUGCUACACCGUGAUGCUCAUUUCAACAGUGGAUCAAGGGUUGUAUUUAUAUCCUUGGUCUGUAAUUGUUAAAUUGUGUUCAGUGCAAAAAAGAAUUUUACCACAGCUGUAUUGCAGUAUUUAUGAGUUGGUUUUCCUCAUAUCUCCCACGUUGUAUCCCAGUAUCAUCAUAAAUGGUAGAAGGUAGUAACCUUAUACCAGCAUUAGACACUAUAAUUAUAUUACAAUGUAUCAUAUGUGUAACUCAGCAGUAAUAUUGAUUCUCCAUGUACAGGUAUUUGUGUUCUAUGUGACAAACACAACAAAAGUACUGUAGCCAUUGAAUGCUAUCCUUACUGGAUAAUUACAUAUCUUUUUAUACUGAAAAAAGUGCUAAUUUUCCUAUCAAACUAUCCUCAUACAAGGUUAUUUAAUAGUUCCGCUGUCCAGUUGUUAAAUUUGUAAGUAUAUUUAUUUUGUGAUCUGCACAGAGCAAAUGUUGUUCACCUUAUUACUAUUAUCCCUUUCUAAUAUGUUUGCAAUGUGGUAACUGUAAAUGCUGUUUAAAUCCCUAAAUAGGCACAAAUAUAAAAGCAAAUCCUAAGGCCUCGUUCACACUUGAUUGAUGCUAACAUGUUGUGCUUUUUGUCAUAUAUAUAUUGUAAUAUAAUAUUUUUUUUUGGAGUGGCACCAUUCAUUUAAAUGGGUCUACCUCUGCUCCAAAAGCUCACUGAAGAAGCUUAUGUACCAAAGUUUGGCACUGAGCCAGAUGCAUUUUUCAUGUGUAAAACACGUGGCAAAACCUGCAACUGCUACCCAUGUUUGGGUUGCCAUUAAAAAAAUAAUGGCAGCACAACCACAGCGUGUUUUUCACACAUUUGCAGAAACGCACAUUUCUUCUACGCCCAGGUGUGUACAGGGCCUCUUAUCGCUAUUUUCAGAACGCAUGCUGAUGUAAAACUCCUUUAGCAAUAAAUCUUCUACGUGCCUUUGUUAUGUGGCUUUUUGUUCAGUGAGCCACAAUAUUUUGUUACUGUUGGAUCCUGCAUACUUACUUACUAGAAUUUGCCAGUAAAGCCCCACAGGAAAAUUGGCUCCUCUUUUGAUAUGUUGUAACACUCCAUGAGCAUGCUACCCCCCUUCUGCUGCUUCUCAGACACAUUCAUUAUAAUCCAGGGCAAAUGUGGAUUCAGCAUGCUUUUAAAUAUAGCACAAAAAUUCUGCUUGGCUGUUUGCAAUUUUGUUGUCGUGGGACCUGAACUUUGCAAACUGACAGAAAUAAUAUAGCAGAGUGCAAAGGCAGAGUGCAAAGGCCUAGUUAAAAUAUUGCCUGUAGGUUCCCCACAUCUGAUCUGUCCCUCAUUACUGGCCUACCAUACAUUUUUUUUUUUUCUGCACCGCGUGAGUGUAAAACCCAUUUUGAUAGGGAAUCUGGGCUUUGCUUUCUCAUAGCAGAACUGCCCCCUGAUAAGUCGAAGCAGGGAGAGCCUUGCUUUGCAGGUCCUCUGGGACAGCUUUCUCUCCGGGAAGCAGAAUACUGAGAAGUCCAAUAGAGACAUCACCAAAUCUCCUGCGAUUAGAAGUCUAAUGCCCCGUACACACGAUUGGAAUUUCCGAUGGAAAAAGUCAGACAGACCUUUUCCAUCGGAAAUUCCGACCGUGUGUAUGCCCAUCUUAGUUUUUCCAUUGGUUAUCCGAGGAAUUCCGUCGGAGUUUACAUAGAGAACAUGUUCUCUUUUACUUUGAUGGAAUUAUGAUGUGAGUUUGGCCGGGCAAAAGCCUGAUCGUGUGUACAGGGCAUGAGGCAGCAGUGUCUUUUAGAUGAUGAUCUCACCCUGCAGAUAUGCAGCUUUGGGGUAAUUGCUCUGCUGUUUUUUAGAAGGAAUUCAGGGGGAAAAUGACAUUGCUUUGGGAUUCUGCUUAGAAUCCCUUUGAUUUCCUUAAGACAGGAAAUUCUUCCUUUUUUGUGUAAAGUCCAAUUUAAUGUGUACAGCUGGUGUCUUACAUUGUCUUUUUCAAGCUGCAACGUCACAGGCUUGUGACAGGAAAUUCCCAAUAUAUCAACCAGUAGGGACUAUCGCUUGGAAUAUAACAUUUUUGUUAGAAAUACAGUAUGUUCCAAGUAUGUAGGACCUGUGUGCACCUUGCAUAAAAACUGCACUAAACCUAUUGCCCUUGCUUUCCUAUGGCUUUGUCUUUAUAUAUCACCCUUUAUACUUUGGUACCUGUAAAAUUAAGACAACCUAAAAAAAAUUAUAAUUUUUUCUAGUGAUUAAAAUGUAUCUACAUUCAUGUAAAUUGCACUGUCAAUAAAACAUAGGCAGUUCUUGUCUGAUUUAUCCCUAAACAUUUAACUCUAAGUAUAAUUAUCACAAGACUAACUGAAGAGUUUUUUUAAUCCUAUGACAGGUGGAACUGUUGACAUGUAUAUAUUUCAGUUGUGUGUUUAGCCGUUUGCUUUGAAUUUCACUUGGUAUAAAUUCUUUCAGAACGGCAACACAACUAAAAUUAAACGACGUGAAAUAAGAUGCACUAUACCAGGGGUUCAUGUGUUAAAACUUGUGCUUUUAACAAACUAAAAUAGCCCCUGCAGGUAAUUGACACGUGUUUAUACGUCCUGCAGUGAUUUGUGAGCUGGUGGGCAGGUCUACAUUAAACAUCAGCGGAGCGGGUUUUUAACUUGCCCCGAAGUGUUGGGAUACCUGCAGGGGCCAGAGAACUGCAACACGCCAAAGUUUUAACACAUGGGCUACCAGAAAGGCAAGUACUGAUCGUCUUCUCUUACAGACUAGCAUUAUUGUAGUUGUGACCAUGUAGUGACAGGGGCACUUUAAGCAUGUUAUUGUAAGAUGUUUUUAGAAGUUUGAAUCUCUGUGUAUAUCUUCCCUAAUUGACUGCAUUGAAAGAACAAUCGCUGUGCCGUGCUACUGAGCAGAAAGAGAAAAAAUAGCUGCUCUCAUGUACAUAUUAAUUUAUAAACUAUACCGACAUGAACUUUAGCGGAUUACACCCACAAUUUUUUCAAACAACUUAAAAAAAAAAAAAAAAAAAAUGGGAAUUAUAUGGCUACAUUUUAUCAAAGGCCUACACUGUCACAUUGCCAUUUGAUGUUGUAACUCCUCUAAUAUUUGAGACUUUGCUUUAAUUGUAUAAUGUGUAAAGUGAUUGGACUAGAACUGAUGGUUCCUAGGGUUCUGUGGAAUCUAAGCAUGAUGGGAGCUUUAGUUACUACAUAUCUUUUUAUUAUUAUGCUCAGUAAUGGAGUGCAGAGGCUGUGCAGAUCUGCUUUGCAGGAUAUAUACUAUAAUUUUGGUCUGUAGAAAUAUACAUGUAUAUGAAGAACACAUUCCAUUCAUACAUUGCUGCAGAGAAUUUUUACUUAUAUUUUGGCAAAUAACUGUACCAUAUGUAUUUUAUUUUUUUGAAAAUUUUUGAAGAUUAUCAUAGUCUUGAUUUUCUGAUGGGUAAUGGUGUGAUAAUGACAUGUAAUCGGGCUUCCCAAGACUUAUAGAAUACCGUAGAUUGGAAACUGUUUACUGUUUUAUUUAAAAUGUGAACUGAAAGCUGCAUCUCAUUUAGUUCUGUACAGUAUAUGCUUCCAUACUGAAAACAAUAAUGCAAUAAACGUUUUUCAAGAAAAAAA